UCCCCAACAACCUGCCCCCCCAGCUGUCAUCCCAUCCCGGAACCCCCUGGCCCUCCUCUCGCAUGCGCAAGGCCACAGGUCCCUCCACACAACUCCUUGGAAAAAAAAACAACAACGAAAAAAAUGCCACCUCCAUCACGGCCCCCACCCUCCACCUACGUCCCCCUCUCCGACUUCCAAUACCCGCCCCGCCCAACCAGCCCCCGCCACAAUGCGAACAUCACCAUCACCACACUCCCGCCUAGCGACCUCCUCGACGACGACGACGACGACGACGACGACACAUUCCUCGCGGAUACAUUCCGCAGCGCCGACGACGACCGGGGAGAUCAUCCCCGCCACCACACCCCGACGCGGCAGCACCAUCCCCCAUCCCCACGCAGACGGACGAGUUCACCGAGACGGGCGGGGGGGAUCAUGCCGCCACCGCUAUUACAUUCCCCAUCGGGAUCGGGAUUCCGGACUUCCCCAGUGAAAGUACAACCAACCUCAUCGACCUCCUCGACCCCCCCGCGGCGAACAAGCUACCUCGACGAUCACUCCCACCCCGACGCCGACGCGAAUCACAGCACGGUUGUGGCGCUUCUCUCCGGCGCUGGGCACCACCACCACCAUCACAAUCAGCCACAUCCGGGCUAUGGGGAUAAAGAUGGGAUCGAGAGCGUGCAUUUCAGGUCGGCGGAGAAGUUGCCUGAACAGGAGUUUUUGAACCUGUUGUUGCAUCAGACGAGUUUGGAUGACGCGCAGGAGUUGUGUCGGGCGAGGUUGGAUUAUUUGUUUGAGAGUGAUGAUGCGAGGAAGUUGCAGAGAACACCGUUCUACCGAAUCGCCCUGUUCCGCUUCCCCGCCAUCGUCCUCACCCUCUGCCUGGAGCUCGUCGUCGCGGCCAUCAUCAGCAGCUACGCGGACGUGAUCACGGCCCAGCCGCGCUUGAGCGCGUUCAUCCCUGUGCUGUCGAGUAUCUCAGGCAAUGUCGGCUUACAAGCAUCAACCACAACCCUCCGCGCCCUCGCCACCGGUCACGCCUCCAACUCCAACCUCCAAGGCGUCCUGCGGGUCAUGUUGCGAGAGUUCCUAACAGCAACCCUAAUAGCCCUAACCGCCGCCGCCGUCCUCCUCCCCAUCGCCCACACCUGGUCCGACUCCUGGCCCUUCGGCCUCAUCACAGCCACCGCCAUCCUCCUCUCCUCCUCCCUCGCCGGGAUCAUCGGAUCAACCGGCCCGUUGCUGUUCAAGCGACUGGGCAUCGACCCCGCGCUGACCGCCGGCCCCUUCGAGACCGCGGUCCAGGACUGCGUCGGCGUUAGCGUGUAUCUGGGACUGGCAGCGGCGUGGGGGUUUGGAUAGAGGCCGUGCGGGACGGGACAAUGGAAUCUUUUAUUCCCCUCUCGUUUUUUUUUUUGGAACGGGUGUAUAUGAGUAGGAAGAGGAUGUGACGGAUGAAGCCGCGCUUGUGUAUAUAUCACAUUUGCCUAUGGACAGAGUGACGGGUCAGGAACAGCCUUUUUUUUUGGGAGUGUGGGGGUAUUGGGGGUGGUGCGGCGGGCACGUUUGUACAUAUGUUCUAUAGAUUGUAUGUGUUCUUUGACCCGGUUGGAGCAAGCGAGCACGGGUGCUGGGUGUGAGAUGGUCGGCCGCCCACCCCCCAUCCCGUCCAUUGCCACUCUAUCCGGCCCACUCUAUCCGGCGCCACCAGAUGCAAGUGAUCUGAAUGUGUGGAUCGGGCUAUUGUUUCCGAGGACGUUAUCGUGCAGAGGUUUUUGAUUUGGGGAAUCUUUCUAUUCCCAUCCUUGUUCAUAUAUGUACACCGUAAUAGAACCCA